ACAUAGGAAGGUUUACCAAACGACUUUAGAACUGAGAAAUCAAUGGCCCAACAUAGAAGUGGGGAUAGGAUGGUGAUGGAGAAUGGUCUUGACUCUGUUGAUCAUCAUGAACAUGAUCAUGAUCAUGCAGAUGAUGGUACCAUAGAACUGAGGGAAGAAGAGGUUUCAGUGGAGAAGGUGUUUCAACACAAGCUGGUUCCAUCAUGGAGGAACCAACUAACUUUGAGAGCUUUUGCAGUGAGCCUUGCACUCAGCAUACUCUUCACCUUCAUAGUCAUGAAGCUCAACCUCACAGUUGGUAUCAUACCUUCUCUGAAUGUGUCUGCCGGGCUUCUGGGGUUCUUCUUUGUUAAGACAUGGACCAAGUUCUUGGAAGGUUCUGGAAUGUUGAAACAACCUUUUACAAGGCAAGAGAACACUGUCAUCCAAACAUGUGUUGUUGCAUCCUCUGGCAUAGCCUUUAGUGGAGGAUUUGGGAGUUACCUAUUUGGAAUGAGUAAACGAGUGGCUGAUCAAACAUCAGAUAGCAGUGACUUUAAGGACCCAAAAUUAGGGUGGAUGAUUGCUUUUCUAUUUGUUGUUAGCUUUCUUGGACUCUUCUCAGUUGUACCUCUUAGAAAGAUUAUGGUUAUUGACUUCAAAUUGACAUAUCCAAGUGGUACUGCAACUGCUCAUCUUAUCAACAGUUUCCACACUCCUCAGGGAGCCAAAUUAGCAAAGAAGCAAGUGAAAACUUUGGGAAAAUUCUUCAGUUUUAGUUUUCUAUGGGGUUUCUUUCAAUGGUUCUAUACAGCCACUGACCAAUGUGGAUUUCAAGCCUUCCCUUCACUGGGGCUCAAAGCAUAUCAGAACAGGUUUUACUUUGAUUUCUCUGCAACCUACAUUGGAGUAGGAAUGAUUUGCCCCUACAUCAUAAACAUAUCAGUGCUCCUUGGAGGAAUCCUUUCAUGGGGUCUAAUGUGGCCACUCAUAAAGAACAGAGAAGGUGAUUGGUAUGCUAAAGGCCUUGGCGACGGCAGCCUUCAUGGAAUCCAAGGUUAUAGAGUAUUUCUAGCCAUAGCUAUGAUUCUUGGAGAUGGUUUAUAUAACUUCUUCAAGGUGCUAAUUCAUACAUUCUUGGGUUUGUAUACUCAAUUUCGGAACAAAAGGGAAAGUGUUCUUCCUGUUGCCGAUCAGGACUCUCCAUUGCCUCCUCAGCAAUCCUAUGAUGAUCAGCGCCGCACCCAACUCUUUCUUAAAGAUCAGAUUCCCACAUGGUUUGCAGUUGGAGGCUAUGUUGCCAUAGCUGCCAUCUCUACAGCCACUUUGCCUCACAUAUUUCAUCAACUGAAAUGGUAUUACAUGAUUGUCAUCUACCUCAUUGCGCCUACCUUAGCAUUUUGCAAUUCUUAUGGCAGUGGACUGACGGAUUGGUCCCUUGCAUCCACCUAUGGAAAGCUUGCCAUUUUCACAAUUGGAGCAUGGGCCGGUUCAUCACAUGGUGGAGUUCUUGCUGGCCUAGCAGCUUGUGGGGUGAUGAUGAACAUUGUUUCCACAGCUUCUGACUUGAUGCAAGAUUUUAAGACCGGCUACCUUACCCUCGCUUCGCCUCGCUCCAUGUUUGUUAGCCAAGUAAUUGGCACAGCAAUGGGGUGUGUAGUUUCUCCUUGUGUCUUUUGGAUUUUCUACAAAGCAUUUCCUGAUCUUGGGACACCAAAUAGUGAAUACCCUGCCCCAAAUGCAAUGGUUUUCAGGAACAUGGCCAUAUUGGGUGUAGAAGGCUUCAAGUCUCUACCAAAACACUGCCUCUUGCUUUGCUAUAUCCUCUUUGGUUCUGCCAUUGCAAUAAACAUGAUCAAAGAUUUCCUAGGUAAAAGGGGGAGGUACAUACCACUUCCAAUGGCCAUGGCAAUACCAUUCUAUCUAGGACCCUACUUUGCCAUUGACAUGUGUGUUGGAAGUUUGAUAUUGUUUGUGUGGGAAAAGUUGAACAAGGCUAAGGCCAAUGCAUUUGGACCAGCUGUAGCUUCUGGUUUGAUUUGUGGUGAUGGAAUAUGGACUCUGCCUUCUUCAAUUCUUGCUCUUGCUGGAGUUAAACCACCUAUUUGCAUGAAGUUCUUGUCUAGGGCCACUAAUGCCAGGGUUGACACUUUCUUAGGGAAUUGAGGUUCAAUGGACUUGAAUUCAGUCAGUGUCUUAGGGAAGUCUUAAAGCAUGUUCUUGGGGUUUAAACUUUAGUGCAAGACUAGUUUAAGUUGCAACUUUCAAGUUUCUGCUAUACUUUCUUAGGGAAUGAAGGUCAAAUUGUAUGUAGCAAAAUUGGUUGAAGUUUACAUUUUCAUAAUUCUGCUUUCACAUGUAGUUGAACAAACAUGAUAAAGACAAAAUGUGCAGUGUUAUAUCAACAGGUAUUUGGUUUCAUGCUUAGAUUGAUUUUGUUAUUUUGAGGCUCCUA